AGGACAGCAGGGCGAAGUGCGCUGCGGACUGGGCUGAGCCGGCCCCCGGACGCUCCUUGCCUUUCUGGGCAGGCGCUUCUCGUGGCCCUGCCCCUCUCGGCCCCGCCUCGCUGCGCUACCCUCUCCAGUGGCCGCUGUGGGGCAGGCUGGGAGGCAGCCGCCCGGGGCCCCGCAUCCUCAGCUGGGAAAGCCCCAACUACCCGGCAGCGCCCAGGGCCCCGGAGCAACUGGUGGGAGUCGGACCCCCCGGCGCAGCAGGACCCCGGCCCGGGCAGAGCGGAUCGGGGCUUCCCGAGAGCCGGCGCCAUGGUGGAGAAGAACCUGGACCAAUGCCAGAAGGAGACAGAGGAGGUGACUCAGAUUAUGCUAGUCAACUAUUCCAAGGUACUGGACCGGGAGGCCAAGCUCAGCGACCUGGACGACAGAGCAGAUGAGCUCCAAAACAUGAGCUCCACUUUCAGCAGGACGACGAAGACGGUGGCGCAGAAGAAGCGCUGGGAGAACAGGAAGUACAAGAUAUUCCUGGCGGUGGUAGUGGUGGUCGUGGUCUUGAUCAUCCUGGCUGUGGUUCUAUGGCUGUCGCUGCGUGGGGCUGGGAACCAGGCUGCUGAGAGCCGGGCCUCCGUAAACCAGGCCACUGAGAGCAGGACCACCCCCAUGCAAGCUGACUGAGGGAAGGAGACGACCCAGUGCCCUCUCUGCUAGGGACGCAGCUGCCCUGGGCUCAGUGCAAUAUGGACACUGCGCAUGGAGACUGCAGGGGCUGCCAUUGAAACUGGGGCUUUUCUUUAGCUAUUUGGAAAGGCCCCUUCGCAGAUGGGUCACAACACUGGGAAACAGUAUUGACAGCCCAGCUCCCUUCUGCAGACUAAACAAUCCCAGUUCCCUCAGCCUCUCUUCAUAAGUCAUGUGCUCCAGCCCCCUAAUAAUUUUCAUUGCCCUCCGCUGGACUCUCUCCAAUUUUUCCACAUCCUCCUUGUAGUGUGGGGCCCAAAACUGGACACAGUACUCCAGGUGUCGAAUAGAGGGGAAUGAUCACGUCCCUCAAUCUGCUGGCAGUGCCCCUACUUAUACAGCCCAGGGCUCAAGAGCAACCCUACAAUAAUAAACUAGUGUGUGCAGCUGAGCUCUGACAUACAAUCCCCCAAUAGCAAUGCAUUGGGAUCAGCCCCAGCAACCCUACAAUAACGCUUGCAGUCCCUGGGAAGGGACCCCAGCAAGGGAGAAGGCCCCUGUAUUAGGUUUCUUAGCAGGUCAGGUAGAUAAACGCUCACAAGUGCCUUAAGCUUUAGUUAGAAUAAUGGGGGUGCGGGGAGAGGUUUGCAGACAGUUGUGCUUUAGUUUUGUUGUGCUAAAACCACUAGACCUGGUUUUAAGACCAGUCCUCAGAUCUGUUUAAAGCUCUCGCUGCCCUGUGCACUGCUGCGGGCAGGUCAGUAAAGGCGGAUUGUUUGUAAAA